AUUCAAUCCCAACCAUUCCUGCUUUCUUCAUACUGAGCUGCUCAUACUAAUCUGAAAACUAAGGAUUCAUUAACUUGAACCGUUCCAUAAAGGGACAGAUUGUGUGCAGGACUUAAUGCUGAUGCAUCCCUGUGAGGCUCUUCUGUGGUGCUUGCCUUCUUACUGAAAACUCAACGUCUGCCCGCAUAACUUCGUUGCAACUUGAAUUUUCUGAGUAUUGUGGGAAACCAUGGGGAUUGGCAAAAAUACUACUUCUAAAUCUGUAGAAACUGGAAAUCCAGCAGAGAGCAAGUAUGAGGAUGAAGCCAAGCAUACUGCUUUCUUUACAUUGCCAGUUGUAAUAAGUGGAGGGGCAACUUCAAGUGGUGAUCAAGAUACAGAAGACACAGAACUUAUGGCAAUCUAUACUACAGAAAAUGGAAUUGCAGAAAAGAGUUCCCUGGCAGAAACCCUUGACAGCAGUGGAAGCUCAGACGCACAAGGAACGGACAUGAUCUACACAAUUGAGGAUAUUCCACCCUGGUAUCUCUGCAUAUUCUUGGGGUUACAGCACUAUCUGACCUGUUUCAGUGGCACUAUAGCAGUGCCCUUCUUGCUAGCAGAUGCUAUGUGUGUUGGAUUUGACCAGUGGGCCACCAGCCAGUUGAUUGGGACCAUAUUUUUCUGUGUUGGAAUCACAACUUUGUUGCAAACAACUUUUGGGUGUAGGUUACCUUUGUUUCAGGCCAGUGCUUUUGCAUUCUUGGCUCCCGCUAGAGCCAUCCUCUCUUUAGACAAAUGGAAAUGUAAUAACACAGCUGUAAUGGCUACAAAUGGAACAUCGGAGCUGCUGCACACAGAACAUAUCUGGUACCCCAGAAUACGAGAGAUCCAAGGUGCUAUCAUCAUGUCGUCUUUGAUAGAAGUGGUGAUUGGGUUCCUGGGCCUGCCUGGAGCACUCUUGCGAUACAUUGGGCCUCUGACUAUUACCCCCACUGUAGCUCUCAUUGGGCUUUCUGGUUUCCAGGCUGCAGGGGAAAGAGCAGGCAAACACUGGGGCAUAGCCAUGCUGACUAUUUUCUUAGUGCUGUUGUUUUCUCAAUAUGCCCGAAAUGUCAAAUUUCCAUUACCUAUUUACAAGUCCAAAAAAGGAUGGACUGCAUAUCGCUUGCAGCUUUUUAAAAUGUUUCCUAUCAUUCUAGCUAUUCUGGUAUCUUGGCUGCUAUGCUUCAUCUUUACUGUGACAGACGUCUUUCCUCCUGAUAACACUAAGUAUGGAUUUUACGCUCGCACUGAUGCCAGGCAAGGGGUUCUCCUGGUAGCUCCGUGGUUCAAGAUUCCGUAUCCCUUUCAGUGGGGUUUACCGACUAUUUCAGCUGCUGGCGUGAUUGGGAUGCUCAGUGCUGUGGUUGCUAGUAUUAUUGAAUCCAUUGGUGAUUAUUAUGCCUGUGCAAGAUUAUCUUGUGCUCCUCCACCACCCAUCCAUGCAAUAAACAGGGGUAUUUUCAUAGAAGGCCUUUCCUGUGUAUUAGAUGGAGUGUUUGGUACUGGAAAUGGAUCUACUUCUUCUAGUCCUAAUAUUGGAGUUUUGGGAAUUACAAAGGUUGGAAGUCGACGAGUUAUUCAGUAUGGGGCUGCUUUCAUGCUGCUACUUGGAACGGUUGGCAAGUUCAGUGCGCUGUUUGCAUCUCUUCCUGAUCCAGUGCUUGGAGCUCUGUUUUGUACUCUCUUUGGGAUGAUCACUGCAGUUGGACUUUCAAACCUGCAAUUCAUAGAUCUGAAUUCUUCCCGGAACCUUUUUGUUCUUGGAUUUUCUAUCUUCUUUGGACUGGUGCUUCCAAGUUAUCUUCGGCAAAACCCACUUUUUACAGGAAUUGACAGCAUUGAUCAAGUCCUAAAUGUCUUGCUGACAACUGCUAUGUUUGUUGGUGGCUGUGUAGCAUUUAUUUUAGACAACACAAUUCCAGGAAGCCCAGAGGAAAGAGGAAUCCGGAAAUGGAAGAAGGGAGCAGGCAAGGGCAGUAAAUCCCUUGAAGGCCUCGAAAGCUACGAUUUACCUUUUGGCAUGGAAAUUAUCAAGAAGUACAAAUGCUUCAGUUUCCUACCCAUCAGCCCCACCUUCCUUGGCUACACAUGGAAAAGCUUCAGGAAAAGUAGUAACUGCGGGACUUCAGAGGACAACUCGGAGGCCACUGUAUAGCCCUUGCUGAAACCUCAGUCUUCUAGCUGUAGUAACAGACCCUUGUGCAGUUUCUUGCUAUUUUAUUGUAUGGUAUUGUAUUGUAUUUUUAUUUUAUUUUUAUUUUAUUUUAUUUUAUUUUGUAUAUUUGCAUUUUAAAUUCUGGAACCAGAGCUGAGACAGGUGAUAAAAAUAGCUUUCCCUAUUGUAGACGGUGAUAGCAAUCUAUAAUGUCUCUCUACAGUUACGUGGUAUUAGUUUGGACCUUUAAAAAACUUUGGGGAUUAGAUAUUUUUAUUUUCAGCAAAACUGCUUUCCCUUAAAAACAAUCCCGAUAAGAUUGGGAAAUAGCAUGUAUGUAGCAGCACUCAGGCGGGCUGAAUUUGUCCUGUUUACAGGUUCUACAUUCCAUUUAUUUUGUAAGCCUGCGUAACCUUAACCCAAACCCUGCAUAAGUCACUUCUAUUAUUCUGGCAAAUUAUUGUAGCAGAGCCUAUUAUGUUAAAUCGGGAUCGGCAGUUUUCCAGAGGGGGCGGCAGGGCAGAGUGUGCUCCCAUGACUAGCUGGAAGAUUGCAGGUGAUACCACAGGAAGAGAGCAGGCAUCAGAAGAUGGGAGAAGGAAAUGUCACUCCUUUUUCGACCUUCAGCCUCCCUGCUCCUUGCAGUGAAAAUUCAGAAUCAGAAUGAGUGAAAUCUUGUGGCGUGAUCUCAGCCCACAUUUGGCUUUUUUUUUAAAGUUUGGAAGUUGGAAUAAUUUCUUUUCUUUGCCACCGCCUCCCAUUCUUGAACUAAGCAGUGCUUUCAAUGUUUUCCAGUAUGGCUGCAGGGAUAAUGGAGGCUUUGCAUGGACUCCUGCCCUGAAUGCACUAAGAGAGAGCCAGGGAGCUUCCUGUUCCUGGUACCACUGGGGUAGAGAAGGGGCAUAGUGGUGGGGGCAUUUGAAGAGGGCUGUCAUCAGAUUGUUUAUCCUUAAACUGACAGAAUGCCCAAGCAGAAAGGCUGCACAGCACAUCAGAUUUGAUUCCAAAAAAACUCUGCUUUGGGGUGCAAAGAGGCACCAGUGUGGCCCUCGUAAAGCAACGGUCUUCUUUCCCCAGGAUGGCGUGGCAGCUGCCAAGGGCGGACAGGGGCUACGUUCCCAACUCCCGGGUGCUCUGGGACACCUUUUCGGCCUUGCUGCUGAAAUGCUUCACAGCUUCACUGUGAAGCAGUAAAGUCACUUCGUCUCCAGGCCUCUCUGUUUUCAGACGUUUUUGCCAGUCCCCAAAGUAACCAACAGUUAAUAAUGCCUGUUCCCGCUUUUUCCAGAUGGAACCCAGGGUCCGUUUUCAGGAUGGGAGAGACGCUAUGCAUGGCAUUGCUGUCUGCCAAAUAGCUUAACGGGUAUUGGGGUGCCUCUGUGGGCCCUGUUCAGUCUCUUCAUGUUUUCUUUUCCUGAACUGAUCUUGGCUCUGAUAUUGUGCAGCUGUUGAUACCAUUGUAAGAAUUUAUUCCUAUUUAAUGUUCUCACUAUAACAGUUUAGUUUGUAGAUACAGGUGAGGUUAGCUUUUCUUGCUCUUUUUUCCCCAAAGGCGGCCCCCCAGUUGUUUUGUUUUUGUAAAAAAGAAAAGGAAAAAAAAAGCUGUGGAGAGAUUUAUCAGAGAGGCAUUAGUGUUCCGGGUUUUUUAAGGCCAGUAUGCUCUGACCCGCUGCUCACAUGUUGUAUGUCAUUGUGUUUAAAGCAAAUACUGCAGACUGUUGGUUGGCUGCUCAAGAAUGGCUACUGGAGAGGAGGCUGAAGAGGUUUCAGAAGGAUGUAAGAAGCUUGAAUGGAUCAGUAUUGAAUGGUGCAGAGCAGAAACAGGUCAGCGGACGGUAGCCACCUCAUGCCCUUUCUGUAGUCAUUCCCCAUCGAGAGCAUUUCUCUUCUCUGAUAUUUUCUCAGAGAGCUUUCAGUAGUUUGCUUCCUUAGAAUCAAGCCAGCCAGGAAGUAGAAUGGCCUCUCUUUUAAUUAUAAAAAAAGAUUAGAUCAGAACUUGUGCUCAGUUCCUCGAAAACAAGACCUCCUUUGGCUUGCUGAGGCCUAGGACCUUCUCUGCAGGAAGUCCCCUUGGAUUUAUCUGGACCCCUUUCCAAGAAAAGCUGAAUAGGAAGGAUUGCAGCACAAAGCUUAUUUGCAGAGGAGUUGAUGCAACUGAAUGUAGCAACAGGUUUUAAAUUAGUUGAGAAACACUGGUUUAGAAGGACCAAACUGCAUGUUUAGUUUUUCCCUUGUAUUGAGGUGCAACCAAAGACAGAAGGGUGGAAAGAACAGCUGCCGUGUGUUGGUGGUAGUUGUAAUCCUCUAAAAUGCCAAAGCCCAUUCCUUUUGCGCACAUUACAGAAGUGAAAAGUUGUACAGCCAUAAUAGUGGCAGAAUGUAAUAUAUUCUGAUUUUGGUCCUAGUCUCUUUUAUUGUCUUCUCCUUUGAUGCUUUGCUAAAGCAAACCCAAAUGCCCCUUGAUUAGGAAGCGAUGCUAUUUUCCAGCCGUGCACAUUUGUUUCAAUAGGCUUGCCCAUGAGUAAGAGUGUGUAGUAAAUAAGAAACACAGCUACCAUGCCCACUGCUGGUGAGACGUGUAUUUUGAGCACUGCAAUACCAAAUAACAACUGCGGCACGAUGCAAACCUUAGUUUCAGUUAUUGGCUUUGGAAUUCCACUUCAAAUGAAAUUAUGAUCUUAAGAGCCUAUUACACAAAAACAAGGAAGAGGCAACUCCAUUCGACCUACUCCUAUCGUGAAAGACACAAAUUCUUGCUUUUCUGAGACUCCCUCAGAAUGUAGUGCGAAUGGCCUAGAAAUAGUAUAUUAAUCUUAGCUAAUUCAGUUGUAGGAGCUGCGCCAGCAGGACCGCAAGCUGCAGGAAAUGCUUGGGAUGCACAACAUUUACAGUGGCAAUCUGAUUUGCUCAACGAUGCAGUCGCUAAAUUCGUGAGGGAACCCAGGCCAUUUCGAAUAAGUGGUUUUAAUGUAAGAAGGCACUCUGUUUACCCCACAAAAGCAACCGGAAAAGGGCACUCUGCCUGCUGCUGUAGCUUCCCAUGUAAGAUUUGGAGGGGGUCCGUUGCAGUAUUGAUGGCGCCUAGACCGAAACUCCCAGAAGGUUCAGCGUUUCUGCAGCUGCAGGGACAGAAGGAAAGCAAAUGUCAGUCCUCAGAGACUUGGUUUGGUUUUUUAAACUUAGCCUCUUUUUGGGAGAGUUGGUAGCUAAAGCGCGCAAAGGGUUUGGCUGGAAGCGCUUCCUGUUCCGCGGAAUGAUGAGGCGGCAGCAGAUGUCUUAGCCAGGGAAGGGACUGUUUCUGUGCGUCUUUUUAUUCGUUUGUUUGUAAAGUGCUGCAUGAAUCUGAGCUGCUUAUUGAUGGGCUUUAAAUGCUGUGUCCUGAGCUGAACGUAAGAAUCAAGAGCAGGAAUCCCUAAAUCCAUUUACUUAGGAGAAAGCCUGAAAUCAAUGGAUAUUCCUUUGGAAUUGAUGUGUGAGGUAGGGUGUAAGAUGUCUCUAUGUAUUUUAGCUGGAAAAAAGUAGAAGCAAGACACACUGAAUUGUGUCUUUGUGCACAGCUACCUGGCUCUCAGCCAUCUGCGUGAGAGAAUGUUGUGUGCAGAGAAUGUGUAAUGGAAGGGAAAAUUUAUUUCGUUUAACUUAAAAGAAAUAUUAAUGACAGGAACACUGCUAUGUCAUGUUGAGGAUGUAAAAACAAAUAUUCAGAACAAAAUCAUUUGAAAGCUUUUGUUUUUAAAGUAUCAUGACUUAUUUGUUAAAUUAAGUAUUUUGACAAAGAUGUUUGAAUGUGUUUUAUAAAAUGAUGCCUCUUGAAUUUAUAUUUAAUUGUUAAUUUUAUCCAUGAAUAACAAAAUGUAUUAAUCAGAAUAAGCUGUAUCAGGGAAAAAAAGGUUUUUAAAUUUACACAGUUUGUUUUACACCAUUUAAUACUGACUUUCAGUGUGACAACUUUGUACAUGAACAUUGCAGUAUUUUGUUUCCAUAAACUUAAAAAGAAAAAACAAAUAAAACCAACACCCAACAAGUGACAUUUCCACCUAGGAUAAUAAAUAUCAGACUUCCUGGGUGGGAGUGAUAAUGAUUGUCAUGACAGUGUCAUGUGAUAAAUUUAUUUCAUUGACAAAUUGCUAGCAAUUGUGUAUACUUUAUUUACCCCUGUUUAUAUAGUAUCCUUAAAUGAAGAUAGAGGACUUCUUGGUCAUUCCCUCCUGAGAACAUGGUACUGGCAACGUAGUUCAGUACUUGUAACAAAUGCUUUGGAACGCAGAGCUGGUCCAGAUACAAGGCAAGAUAUGUGACCAUCUCAGGUAGUGAUUUUUGAUCUUGACUACCAUUUAGGGUAGAGAUCCGGAACUGCUGGCCAAGCAGGAACAAUCAGAAUCCUCCUUAUGCAGGCCUCAUUUGAAGGGAAUGAGAGUUGCCAUGAUUUUGGCUCAACUCCCAUUGAUUCACUGUGGCUCGUGUAGGAGAACAUCCCCAAUGGAUUGGACCACAUCUUAAUACGGGUGCAUAUUAUUUUUGGGAUUAUCCGCCUCAAGCACCCAGAUAUCUUGUGCCAACUCUGUUGAUUAACAAAAAAUAUUAACCAGAUGCAAAGAUUAAGCAGUCAGACCAAAACACAUCAACUUCUUGCUGGUGGCACAAACCACUCUUAAGCUUCUAUCGUCUAUGAAAUGCUGGUAUAAAUAUCAGGCUGUUUCCAUGUUACAGCUGAAAUGUUGGGCAACUUCCAGCUUGUGUGACCUUGGCCUUUUCUGUCGCUUCUGAGCUCCUCUUUGCUUUCAGUCCAGUUCUCACCAUGUCAACUGUAGGUUACCUUCCUGUGAGGCAGAUGGGAACAGGUCAGAGCGUCCUGUUCAGAAACGGGUUGUUUAGAGCAGUAUUUCUUAACCUCAGCAACUUUAGGAAGUGGGGACUUCGAUGCCCAGCAUACUGGCUGGGGAAGUCCACCCUUCUUAAAGUCGCUGAGGUUGAGAAACACUGAUUUAGAGCAUUGGUAGAAACUGAGCCCAUCUUACUUGCUAAAACAAAUAUUCUGUAUUAAUGUGCUCUCUCGAAGCAGCAGUCCUGGAAAUGCUGGUUAGGCUGUGUGCACCUGCCUGCAGGUUUGGUUCAUCCCUGAACAGAUUUUCAAAAAGCCAUCAGGAUUUCAGGACCCAUUUGUUUCUCCCAGGUAAUUCCUCUCUCCCCAGGGCCUCUUCCCAGGAGGCUGUCUUUGUCUUAAUAGACACCUUUCCCCAGCCUAGUGCUGAUUCUCAGGAAGUUCAGUCACACUCAAAAACAUCUGGAACAAUUGUUUGGUGAGAUACUUGCCCCAAGGACCCCAGAGCCCUUCCAGAAAUCACAGGGGAAACAUAUCGAGAGGGAUCCUGUUAACCUAUGUAAUGGCUUUCAUUUAACUGUAAUUCAAUAGAACUGUUACUUGGGCCCCAAUCCAUUUUGGAAGGGAAGCCCUUGGCAUUCCACACCAAGGCCAGGUAACCCUGAAGCCUGAAGUAGUUGCCCCCCCCACCCCCCAGCUGUAAAGCGGACAGCCAUUCGUCGCUUGCCAUCCGAUGCAUGCCUGCAUUCCGGAGUGAUGCAAUCCAUCUCUGUGUGACAGACCAGCACAAAAGGAGCUUUUUUUAAAAAAAUUGUUUUUUUCCAGUGGCCUUCUUGAACAAAAUAACCAAUCCUUAAAACCACCAGAAGGUGGUAUUAGGGGCAAUUCUCUGUAGAAAAUAGGGGCUUUGUUUUUGCUUUGCAUGGUGCCUGUUGCAUAUCUAGAGAACCUCGUUGAAAAGUUUCUUAACUGGCCUGGACGGAGGUUAGCAGACGGGGGUUGCCUUCUGCAGCACGUUUCCUUCGUCCUUCGCUGUGUGAGGAGGCCACGUGCUAGCCAGUAUUUCGCUUCUGCCCGUUGGUCUCUGCCAUGCUGGGCUGCUUUUAAGUAUUGAGAACUCAUCUCCAGCAAUAUCCAAAGCACUCCUGUUCUGUUAAGAUUUCAUUGUGGCUGUGAUUAGUCAUUUAUACAUAUUUGAUAGCAGAAAAUUAAUUACCUUGUGUAUUGUCCAGCAUCUAUUCAAGUAAACCAUCUUGCUGCUGAUUCAAACUAGAGUGCAUUUUUCCCUUUUUUCCCCCUCUGUUCAUAACAACUUUUGCUGUAACAAACUCUUAACUGUUUUUUAGACAGUGGGAAUAAAUCUCUUUUCAUGAGUUUUCUGUGAAUGACCUUAGCUACACAAUCUCAUGUUACAUACCAAGUUGGGUUUUUUCUUUGAGGUGUGUAGUUCUUUUAUUGAAAUUUUUAUGGAUUUUGUUCCGUUUUCUUUUAUUUUUCCUAACAAUUGCUUUAUUAAACGUUGAAAUAUUUAAAAAUAUGUAAUAUUUGGACCAGAUGUUGUGAAUAAUAGUAGAUAAAAGCUAUUUUAUUCUGUAUUUUUAAAAGCUGUUCAGUAUAAAUAAAAGGUGACAUAGA